UUUUGUGAUUCAAUUUAAAAUGGAAUUAAAGUAGUCGUCAAUCCUAGAAAUUCGAAUAAUAUUUCCUCAAGUGCGGCAUUUGAACAUUGUGAACGGGUCGAUCGAGUCGCAUAGCUGACGUUUGAACAUCGCUAGCGCUACUUUUGGUCGCGACACGUUUCCAAUGAAAUAAUGUAUCAUAUCCGGACGUUCGAUCAACGUGCUGGAUGAAGAGAGAAUCGAAAAGAAGAGGCAUCUUCCACUUUUUGCUCGAGUAUUAGUCAUAAAAUUUGAUGAUAAAUUUCACUUGAUCGAAAACGCAUGGCCUCAUCAGAGAAGAUGAGAAGAGGUUGCAGAAAAGAGCCAGUGUCUUCUAUUUUUCAUCCUUGAAAAAUUUCUGUGAAAAACUCGAAAUUAUUCUUGUCCUCUUCUGAUAUUGUGUAGAUUCUUUAUAGUUAUCCUUUAUUACAAUUACCGUCAAUAUUAUUAAAAAUGUGACACACACACACAUAUACACACACAAAUACUGUUCGAUGUUUCUUUUCCAAAGCAGAGUCAAUAAAUUUUGAUCAAUUGGGAAUCGAUCGAUGCUUCGUGCGCAGCGUACCGAGAUGAAGAUGUUGCUGGCCGAUGAGCGAAAAUUCUUUUGGCAUUACGCGGCGAUAUGUUUUGGAAUUGAAGCCUCACAAGGCGGGAAAUUAAAAAGAUAGCAUCAUCGAUCGGGCACACGGAAUUCAUUAGUGUUUGUCUAUCAUCUGGAAGAACUUGAUCAAAUCGUCAAAUAAGUGAGAGAAGGUAAAGAAAGUGAACAGGAAAAUGAUGUUUACCGCUGGUGCCCAUGCAAAAAAGCGUAACGCUAGUAGUGGUUCUGCCCGGAAGUCUUCUGCGGAUCGUAGGAGUCCGCAAACUCAUGUGACCGCAGAAGGGUACACUUACAGGACUAGAAUUCCAAUACUAAAUCCAACGGAUCUUCCACCAGCAAGCUCUAUAGGGAAAACGUAUGUAUACAAAACCAGGGUUCCUCGAAGGGACAUUGUAGUUGCAUCUUCUCCACAUGAAAUGAAUAAUAUCGGUGGGGGAGCAAUUACAAAAAGAAGAGGUGCAGUGAAACACAACAAAGUGCAUGUGGUUCGAGGUCACAAAUUAGUUGCAAAAUUCUUCAGACAACCAACAUUCUGCGCUUUUUGCAAGGAUUUUCUUUGGGGCUUUGGGAAGCAAGGAUACCAGUGCCAAGCCUGCCAAACAGCGGUGCAUAAGAAGUGCCAUGAUAAAUUGUUAACCAAGUGCCCGGAAAGUGGCAGGCAAUCCGAGAACACGAUAUACUUGAGGGAGCGUUUCAAGGUAGAUGUGCCUCACAGAUUUCGGCUUCACACAUUUAUGUCGCCGACGUUUUGCGAUCAUUGUGGUUCCAUGUUAUACGGCUUUUUUCGACAAGGUGUCAGAUGCGACGGUAUGUAAAAAAAUUCAAUCUUGUAUAUCCAUUUUAUUCUUGAUGCACCUUGAAUUUAAAAUUUUUUUUUAGCAUAACGUUCGUUUAAAUUCGUACUAUAUUAAUUACAAUUUUUCUAAAAUUUUACCUUUUAAUAUUUUUUUUAAUGUUCCAAGUUAAAAUUAUUCGUUUGGUUUGAAAUAGUAUCCGUUCGCCAUUCGUUGGCUAUUUCUAAGAUUCUCUGAACAAGCAACAAUAGGCACCGAGAAAAGAAACAUUUGGCGCGGAACUCAAUGCUUGAAUACAAAACAACGCGAAACCGUGACUCCGUUGACACAUAAAUGCGCGUUUUACACGGUUGACAUGCAUGCGCCGCAAGCUUCAAUAAUUGCAAGUUUUCUGCUAUUUCUCAUAACGUACUCCUAAACCUGUCGUACGUCGUAUUAUGUCUUUAACAGCAUGGCAGUAAUAAAGUGUUUCUAAUCAAGCCUAUACUUUAAUAGAAAAUUCUUUUUAAUUAUCGUUUAUAUCUUAUAUCGCCGUGAAUGUUGCGAAACAAAUAGAAUUUCGUGAAAUUCAUCGUUUUCAAUAUUCUUUUAAAUAAGUUUUAAUAUUGGUUGCGUACCAUGGAUAAUUCAAAUGGAGAGAACCUUGUCAAAGCAUCGCAACAAUAAGUGACGUCUCGCGUCUCUUACAAUCGACAGAUACGAACCGAUCCAAGCUCUGACUCACGUAAAUGUUACAAUUCGACAAAUAUUUGUAGGGAAGCAAUGCUUGAGACGUUGCACGGGUUAUUAGAGUCCAGCUAAUAUAUAUAGUUAGAUGCUAGGAAGCCUCAUAUACUAGACUUCUAUUAUUACACCGGGUCGCUCGCUUAGACUCAGUCGAUGUUGGCUCCCUGAACCGUGAGAACGCCUCGUCGAACACCUGAGAACGCCGGCGAUCCGUGCCGCGCUCAGUCGUCUUCGAGAGCGUCGAACCGCUCGUGUCCACGGAGGACGUACCUCCGUUCGUGCUCCCUCUUCGAAACUUCAGCUCUUCGACAAGUCCGUACACGUGAAUCCAUUGGAUAAUACUUGCCACAAUGCCUUACUACGGUGACGGUUUACCCUAUUACUAUGGGGGGCCUUUCUCCAAUCACAGUUCAUUGAUGACUGGUGCUCCACGGUAAGCCUUUUCUCUAUCCCUCUCUCUCUUUUUUUCACCACUUCCUUUUCUGUUGUUUUUCUUAAGAUAUCGGUAACAGAUCAUUUUUUUUCCUCGCGAAAAUCAUCUUUUCCCUUUCCAAAGAUAUUUUUUGAGUUUCGUGUUGAAACAAAUUUUGCAAAAUUAUAUUUUCUUUUCGAAUAAUGCAAUUUUUUUUUUUUUAAACUAUGUUGCAUCCUCAACAUUUUGUUUACAUUGUUUACAUCUUUUCGACAACAUUUUUGUUUCUCGUAAAUAUCCUUUUUUUCUCGCUUCAUUUUCUAAUUUUUCGAGUAAGUUUGUUCUUUCUUGUACAAACUAUACAUUUUUUGAAAUAUUAGCGUAUUCUGUAUCCUUUAGCAAGGAUGUGCUUUAAUUUCUUUUUAUCCUUUGUUUUCUUGCUCAUCCAACGAAAAUAGCGUUCCAAGAAAGUGGUCCCUUUCCUCGCUUUCUUUCCUCGCUUUUCCUUCGCGGACCAUUAUUCUUGAUCACAGACUGACGUUCAUCGUCGCGGAGGCUUCUCUGGUGGAUAGUUACGUGAUUACGACGAGAAACAAAGAACUAUACCAACCGAAAUAACAGACGUAUUUCCCAGUUUCUCUUCAAAUUUAACGAAAGAGAGAGGAAAAUAACCAGGGAAUCCGAAGAAAUCUGUUGUGAUGAUGCAUACUAUCUUCCGUAAUUAGAAUGGCUCUGGUAAAAUCUUGUUCCGAAUUUUGGCAAGCGAGCUUUAUGACUUGCGCGAUUCAUCAAAUCUAAAACUCGUUAGUAAUAUGUUAACUGGUAAUUAAUUGAUCGGUCCGCAAGUUGGAAUAAAUCAAAAGAAUUAGAAGAACGGAAUAAUCGAGAAUAUAGAUUUUUAAAAAUA